AUGAAGAUCCAACAGUGCACUUACACGACCAAAUAUAUUUUCUUCGACUACGAGGCGAUGCGAAAUACAGGUGUGCACAUACCUAAUUUGAUUAUAGCCCGUGACUUUGCCAAGAACAAAUACAGUUUCAAUAACAAUUCUGAAUUCUGUGAAUGGUUGAUCGCCGAGAAGUACAAGGGGUACACAGCCGUUGCUCACAAUGCUAAGGGUUAUGACUCAUAUUUUAUACUUAAAUAUUGUGUGGAAAACUCUAUCAAGCCAUUCACUAUUUACAAUGGAACGAAGCUAAUGCUACUGGAAAUACCGCAACUUCAACUCAAAAUUAUAGAUAGUUCUAAUUUCAUUGAGGGGCCCUUGGCAGAUUUUCCUAAAACUUUCGGUCUGAAGGAACUGAAUAAGGGGUACUUUCCGCAUUUGUUCAACACUGCCGAAAACCAGAAUUAUAUAGGCAACCUACCAGACAUCAAGUAUUAUGGACCAGACAUAAUAAAACCGAAGGAGCGACAAGUAUUUUUGGAAUGGCAUACGUCCCGAAUAAAUGAAAACUAUGUAUUUAAUUUUCAACGAGAACUGCACGACUAUUGUGAUUCCGAUGUGGAUAUUCUCAGAAGAGGCUGCUUAGAAUUUCGAAAGGAGUUUAUGGAGAUCGCUAAUAUUGAUCCCUUGCAGUACCUUACGAUAGCGAGUGUGUGCAUGGCUAUUUACAGAUCAAAAUAUAUACCACAAAAAACGAUUGCCGUUGUAGAGGAAAAACCGAAGGACACAUACAGUCGAGGUUCGAUAGCGUGGCUGAGUCAGUUCGGUAAUGUGCGUCACGCCCUAAACGGCGGUGAAGUAACGAUAUGCGGUAAUAAAGUUGACGGUUAUGAUAACGUCACAAAUACAGUUUAUCAGUACCACGGGUGUUUUUGGCAUGGGUGUCCCAAAUGUUAUCGUCCCACUAGAAUUAAUCGUGUAAAUCACGAAACAAUGGACGAUCUGUACGAGAAAACACAACGUCGAAGUCAACAACUGAAGCAUGCCGGGUAUUCGGUCGUGGAGAUGUGGGAAUGCAACUGGCUCAAAUCAAAAGAGUACAAAACCGUCAAAAAUGUAAAUAUUGAUGACGAACCGCUCAAUCCGAGAGAAUCAUUUUUCGGAGGACGUACUAACGCGGCAAAGCUAAAGGUCAUCGACAAGAGAAUACAGUAUAUUGAUGUGGUUUCUCUGUAUCCCACCGUUCAAUAUUACGACCCUUUUCCCAUAGGACACCCUACUAAAAUACGUAGGCCGUCUGAAUAUGAUCUCACAUGGUUCGGUUUGGUAAAAUGCAAAAUUUUACCUCUACGAAAAUUAUAUCACCCUGUAUUACCUAUAAAGACCGACAAAUUAGUAUUUACGUUAUGUCGUAAGUGCCUGCACCACCACCAGUCAGAGAAAUGUGAACAUACCGAGGAAGAAAGAACGAUCACGGGAUGUUGGACAACGCUGGAAAUAAAAAAGGCUUUAGAAAAGGGUUACGUUAUACGGGAAAUUAUUGAAGUAUGGCAUUUCCCUGAACAGUCUACGAACUUAUUUCGAGAGUACAAUUACGAAUCGAACGAGGCAUACGCUCGUAUCAUUAAAAAGCAGACGGGUAUAGAGCUGGACUUGGAUAAAAUUGGAGUUAAUCCGGGAAGAAGAGCCAUUGCGAAGAUAUGUGUGAACUCCUUGUGGGGGAAAUUCGGACAGAGAUUGAAAAUGAGUCAGAGCGAAUUCGUUACUGACCCGAAGAGAUGGUACGAAAUACUGCUAGAUGACAAAAUACACAUUUCAAAUUGUAUAUUUGUAAAUGAGGACGUUGUCCAUGUGACAUACAAAUAUAAAGACAUGUUUGUAGAAGACUCCACAUCCACCAACAUAUUCAUAGCGACAUUUACGACAAGUAACGCUCGUCUAAGACUGUACGAUAUGUUAGGUAGGCUGGGCGAGGAUGUUGUCUACUACGAUACAGACAGCAUAAUUUAUAUUGACAAUGGUCAGAAUACCGUAUCGAAGGGGUCUAUGCUAGGUGAAUGGAGUAGUGAAUUGGCGGAUGGGGACUAUAUUAUUGAAUGGAUGUCGACGAGACCAAAGAGCUACUACUACAAAACAUUAAAGGGUAUAGAAGUCACCAAGAUUAAAGGUUUUACCCUUAACUACAAGAAUGGUCUAAAACUCAAUAGACAUGCUUUCAAUGAUAUCAUUUCGGGUACGUCAAAAGAAGUGGUUCUGGAAUACGACCAAAUUACCAGAGAUGCCAAAACGAAAGAGCUAAUAACGCAGAAGCGCAUUUCAAAGGUGUUUAGGAUGGACUAUAAAAAACGAAAGUUUGAAGGACCCCUUCAAUAUGACACAGUCCCUUGGGGAUUUUGA